AAAAGAGAUGGUGAGUCGCUAAAUGAUAGAUAUAUGAAACUUAUGGUAAAGUUUGAAGGUAGAAGUAUUUUUAUUUGGGAAUGUUUUAUAUAUUUAAGUGUUGGAUAUCUUAUUCAAAUUGAGGAAGGAUUAGAUGGAGAUCUCUAUCGUCAAAUACUUAAUGAUGAAUUUUUAAAUACGUUGGAAUUUUAUGAAUUAAAUGCUCAGGACAUUAUCUUU